ACACAGAAGACGCACAAAGGAAGCUGUCAGAUAUGAGUCUUGGGCCGGCAUGCAUUUUCCUGAGAGGUGCUAAAAACGUUGAGCGUCCUCUCGCUGAUGAGGAGAUAGACGAGCUGCGUGAGGCAUUCGCAGAGUUUGAUAAGGAUAAGGAUGGUCUGAUCAGCUGUAAAGAUCUGGGCAACCUGAUGAGGACCAUGGGCUACAUGCCCACUGAGAUGGAGCUGCUUGAACUCAGCCAGAACAUCAACAUGAACCUUGGAGGAAGCGUAGAUUUCCAGGAUUUCGUUGACCUCAUGGCCCCGAAGCUGCUGGCAGAAACGGCUGGAAUGAUUGGGCUAAAAGAGUUAAAAGAUGCAUUUAGAGAGUUCGACAUGGACGGCGAUGGCUCUAUUACUAUUGAAGAACUGAGGCAUGCGAUGCUAAAACUGCUCGGUGAAAAUACAAACAGGAAGGAAAUAGAAGCCGUGGUCAGAGAAGCGGACAACAAUGGGGACGGGACCGUUGAUUUUGAGGAGACCUCUGAAGACACAGAUCAACUGAGAGGUUCUGAUCCCUGA